AUGAACCUCACGACUCGCGCCCAAGCAAAGUCGCAAUCAAAGUCGCAAUCACCCAGAGAACCAUCUCCCAAAGAAGACCCCAAGGCGAGGACGCCUAAAAGCCAGAAGGAUAAUUCGCCCCCCCCACCCAGCGCAAACCGCAAAAAGUCCUCCGAAAAUGCAGAUACUAAAGCGAAGAGGACACGCACAGGCUGCCUUACUUGUCGCGAGAGGCAUCUAAAAUGCGACGAGGCCUUGGGUCGAUGCUUAAAUUGCCGCAAAUCGGACAGAAUAUGCCGGCGCGGCGUUCGGUUGAAUUUCAUUGACAUUCAGACGGUUGAACCUCCACAUGUCAUCACACGUGCGCAAGGUGCAAAGCUAACUUUCCGUGAUGACUCGCGUAUCAUCGCAUCCGAGUAUGUUGGAGGGUUUGAGAGAUAUCCCCCACCACAGCCAGACAGCCCCAUUCAAGAGAGACGACAAAUUCAGCAAGAGGCCUUGAAUCUUAUGGGGUCCGAUCAGCUGGCUAGUCUUUUUCAAUCGGUCGCUCAUUCGUUUGAUCCGUCGGGAUUCGAUAUUUCACAUUCUGCGACAACAGAUUUCCUGUUCGGGGCGGAUACCUGGCAUGAUGCUCAUCUUGUGCCUGGUGAUGAACUGCUUCCUCAUGGCACUUCAAAUUUCGCUCAAAAAUUGGCGAUGAAACAUUAUAGCGCUGCAUCUUUAACAGAUCCAGAGCAAGUCUUUCUCUUGCAAUUGUUUGUGGAGGAGGUCGGCCCAUGGAUAGACUCGAUGGAUUCAAUGAGACAUUUCACACAAAUUCUACCAUUGCAUGCCAUUGACGAGCCCCUGUUGCUUAAGGCGCUUGUGGCUUGUGGCGCUCGGCAGGCUUUUCUUAUUGACCCCUCUUACGGAGCGGAAAAGGUACUCCAUUACUACGAAGCGGCCAAUCAGGAUCUUUUGCAUGCGAUUCAGGAUCCGAAUCGUGACUCGGUUUUAUGUGCGACGGCUGCGCUACUUCUUGGGAUUUAUGAAAUGAUGUCUGCACAACCUCUCACAAAACAUACGGCCGGAUCGAGAGCCUUGAUACGCGAAUGUAGGUGGACAGCGAAGACACCCAGCCUAGGCGGAUCCUGUUUCUGGGUUAGUAUCAGCAUGGAGGUUCUUCAUUGUCUAAACUAUAUGUGCCCCCUGUCUUGGAACCCUGAUACAUGGGGAGUCGAUAUGCAUAUGGAACAGGUGCAGCCGUUUUGGAAGAGCGAUGAUCAAUGGCUCCAUCGCAUCAUCUAUAUAUGUGCAAAAAUCGCAAACUUUCGAGUAUCUGCACAGCAUUUACAAUCAUUGAACAAUUCCUCCCAAAACACUCAGUUCAAUGAUGCAGUGCAGGAAUGGAAUCAUUAUAAUGCUUGGUGUGAGCAGUGGGCCAAUUCCAUCCCACGAUCCAUGAAGCCUCUCAGCAAUUUACAGCCAUGGCAGACCGAAUCUAAGUCGACAUUUCCGAAGAUUUUGCUCCUCAAGCGACCGGCUAUCGUCUCUCAACUAUUCUAUCACGCGGCUUGCAUAGUCUUAGCCAGGGCUCACCCCAUGGCGUCCUCACUCCAUAUGGAAAUGAAGAAAAUGCAGCAAGCUCACGCAUACGACUUAUGCGGCCUUGCUGCAAACCUGAAACCCGGAGAUAUGCCUUACGUAUCAAUUCAAUGCCUAAGCAUUGCUGCAGAAUCGCUGGAAGCUCGAGACUCCCAGGAAGAGGUCUUGAAUCUACUGGAAGCGAUCACCAAAGAUACCCACUGGCAUUCAGAAUCAAUAAUAGAAAGAUUGAAACGCCAUUGGGGCUGGUCGCACCCGCAGACUGUAGACCCUGCACACAUGCAUAACAGCUUCUAUGAUCUGGACCCUGCAUUAUCGAUUCACAGCAGCUCUGAUUUCCCUAGGAACACCAAUCCACUUUUGGAUUCAAGUGAUUUCUCAAUGGAAAAUCAUCCUUAUCAGGGGUAUUAUGUUGCUCCACAUCAUCAUAUUGUGGACCAAUACAAUUACGGCUCCUAUCUUGUUUGA